AUGCGUAGAUCGACAAGAAGAGAAAAGUAUCCUACCACCGCGCUGCAGCCGCUUCAACGGGACCGUGGUGCAGGAUCAACGAUGAUGAUGAAAAGUGCACUCGACGCGCACCACCAGCAGCAGGAACAGCAGCAAGUCAUGUCCUACUCUGAUCCCGCGGAGAUGACGGUGGGUUGUGCCAUGGCAGAAAUGGCAUAUGGUCGCUUGCACAACAGUCACCCCACACAGGAUGCCCAGGUGUACCUGCAACGCCGCGUCGCGGAGAUUGUCAGUCAGAUCAAGAGCGCGAGCAGUGCCCACCAUUUUGACCGCCACGUAGUCGAGAUUGACGAGUUGCUGCGUUGUGACGCACCGAUGGGUUUUACACCAUCGAUGGUACUAGCGGGCAUACCGGACAUCCUCUACAUGCUGUCAGAGGCUGUGCGACAUGGCUACCUGCUGCGCCCCACCGAGAAGAGCAUGCCAUCAGUGCAAGCCCUCACACCUGUGCGGAAGGGUCCCCAUGCGGCGAUGUCGACAAAGAGGAUAACAUCAGCCUUGGAAGUAACAGCGGGACGCGACGAGAAAAAAAUUAGCCGUUCCUUUAUGAACCACGGCAACGCUGUGAAGACAUCCGGGAAGGGUCGUGGCGAGAGCAGUGUUGGGGCUGCUGCUGGUGACAGCGGUGGCGAUGUGCUUUCCACGGAUAUUUUGCCGUUCUUGCCGCCGCUGGUGCGCCGCCCGGCGACGCCGCCACACGCCACUAACGAGGCCGCCGUACCACAAAUGCAGAGCUUCCGUACCCGUGCGUCUGCACGGCAGCAGUCGCAUGACACUUCGUCGCUGAGUGCUACUACUACGAAAAUUUGUCUGAGCGAAACAAUGCCACCUCUACGGAAGCGCAAGGGCCCCAUAACAUUCCCCCCAACGGCCGAUGGCGCGAGUUUGGCGUCGAUUCCACAAGUAGUUGUGGUUUCAACCGCGGAUAGGAAGCAGCAGCAGCCAACGCCUACUCCAAGCGAUCGUGUCGAUGCCGACUCGCCAGUGCACGUUGCUGUUCUUCGCGACAUCCCAUCGGCGCUGCAGGCACUGCUGUAUCAUUGCGCCCUUCCUCUCGUUUGCCUGACAGCAGAGGACCAUCGUCAACGCAUUGCUGCCGUGCGCAUUUUGGCAUCAGCAAUGGCGAAGAUGCUACGCGUGACGCUGGAGAGUGCGCAUGUGAAGUUGUGCUUCCCACAGAAGGAUAAUGAUGAGGACCACAACAACAAGAUCAGUACCAGCAGCAGCAGCAGUGAGAAGGAUGGAGAUAAAGACGAUGCCCUAAUAUCCAAUUCCCAGGACGUGACGUUCCGCAUUCGUCAUGCCGCGAUCAUGUCGCUGCAUGCCCUAAUGACGUUCAUCGAGGCAGAGAACUCGACAAGUGUGAACCAGCAUUUUGCGUCGCGCGACCGACAGCACUACGAGAAAUUCGGUGCUGCAAAGACAUCUGGUGUGUCGUUGAUUACAAGAAAAGAGGAGAAUGAUGGAGGCAGUGAUCAGUGGCAGGCGGUGUCUGGCGCGAUAGGCAAUGAACCUACGCCAGUGGCGGCAGUAUUGCUGGCAGAGGGUGGGGUGUCGCCGAACCGUCUGUUUCGCCUCACCGACCCAUGUCUGAAGACUCCCGAGAAGUCGCCGCGCAUGCGCCAUAUUUCCCGCACCGCGCCGCUAAGCAUGUACAACAACGCUGUCGCACUGGAUGUCGUGGAUCCUCUUAUCGAGCGGUGGAUGGCCAUCCUGCAGAAGCACGCCUCAUACAACGCUCUGCUUGACUCCACUCGACAACUGUUCCGCUGCCCAGCAGCAAUGCAGGCGACGGACGCAAAUGCCAACGAUGAGAGCAAAAGGGAUGCGAUGGUGAUCAUGACAGUGGGUGGCAGCAAAAGAGACAGUCUCCAGCCAAUGGAGGCUUUGGGUGGAACGGCAGUAUUCGCGUCCGGAACACGCAUGGACGAAGGCGAUGCGGAGGAGAUCUACCUGGUGCUGCGCGUCUGCCUGCACCUCUCCACAUACAAACACCAUGUACAGUACCUCAUAGGAUGCGACACGACCUACGCAAGUCUCCCUGUCCUCGUCUGCCUCACAAUGGCGCGCUGCACGGAUGGCGACAGAUGUCUCCCGCUGUGCGUCGAGUGUUUGUGGAACCUCCUGGAGGCGGCGCCAGAGGAGACGGUUCGCAUGAUCCUACUGCACACCGUGCAGAAGGAAAAGGUGUCUGAGCCAUCAAUGCCAGCGGAGACAGAUGGGGAAAAGUGUCAAGCGGAGCGGUCGCUAGCAUCGCUGUCGGCGAGUGAGUCGCUUUUACACACAUUUGUUCAAACUCUUCUCUCUGGUCACCGACUCCUCCAGCGAGAGCUGCGGAAUGAUAUGGUCAUCCUGGUGCUGAUGAUUCUAAAUAUCCACACAACGCUACUUCGGCGGCAAGAAGAAGCACUGCUGCAAUCUGCCGAUGCAGAACAAAUAGCACCACUUCCGUCGUCAACAAUAGAUGCCAUCAACGCCAUUGCAAUUGCGGUAUUUGACAUGGUGUGUGGCCCAGAGUUGCGCAUGGUCGGCAGCACGGCUAACAUAACGCAGCGACCAGUAGAAAUGUUUGUACGGUACAACACUGUCCUUUCACCAACAGCACGAACGGAGAACAUGCAGUUCAAGUUACUCGGCUGGCGGAUGCUGGAGUCCUUCUGCGCCUGGCAAAGCGCUCGCCUCGCCGUUUGGCGCGACUGCCGUAAUGCAUCACAGUCCACGACGGACGCAGGUGCACCGGAAGACGUAGAUGAUGGCGAUGCCGCUAGUGUCGUUUAUGACGGGUUCAUUUUUGACGUCUGUCAGCAGGGCUUCAUUGAUGUGUUGUUGCUCUACGUGGACACGACAUGUGGUGAUGAUGUCGUCGUGGCCUGGACACGGGAGGAACUGCUCACGCUGCAGGAAGAGGCCUGGCGUGUCCUCGUUGCACUGAUGGAGUCAGCCGUGUCGUCACCCUUGCGGUGGCGGUCUGUGGCAGGAGCUUCGGUGUCGGUGGGUGCAAAGGCUGUGCUGUUCAACAAAAGCAACAAGAAGAACAGUUGUGACGACACCGCGGCCGUUGUGUCGCUGCCCCUGGUGCGUGCUGAUGAUCUCUUUGUGGCGGCCGGUGGCAUCGCAUGCGCAGCGCGUUACAUUCAGGAGACAACGGCCGCCGAUGCGCAAGUGAUGGUGCGUCUCGCCGUGCGUGCGCUGUCUGUUCUGAGCCGCCGCCCUGACCACAGGAGCGCACUGCUCGCGGCCACCGAAGUGACGCUACGGCUCCCAGCUCCAGUCAACGGCUCCGUGCCCUUGUUGGUGGCUCUCGCUCUGCAGGUCAUCCAGGACAACAUCAAGAAGACGCUUGUCUCUUCCGCCGAAAUGGCGGCAAACCUGAAAUCAGCGACAAGAGCAAUAACAUGCAAAGGAACCAACGGAUCCGUGGCAAUGUUGCCUCAGCGACCGUUGCAGAAGGCCGCCAAGACUACAAAGAACCACACCUCCUCAAACCACCGGCAAGAAGGGAAGGAGAGGGCUGAUCGACGACAAAACGAAAUGCAACAGGAAUCGCGGGAGGAGGGAGGUGCAGUGGUGGUGAUUGCAACAGGAAAUGAGGAUGAAGUUGCUCUUGAGGCUAUCGACAACACACAUGUCUACUUCACUGCUCAGGCGCGCGAUGUCGUUAUUUAUUGCCUCUCCUUGCUGUACAACCUCACUGGAGGAAAUUCUGAUAACGUUGCGAUGACGCAAGAAGCGUUCAUGUCACUAGGUGGAGUAUCGCUUCUUCUUCAGCUGGUACGGUUUUCGCUGUCAUCGCCUCUUGGAGUGGGCGAGGAAAAUAGCGAGCUCCUCCGCGCGGUCCUCGACUGUGUGCGAGCCUUCGUUCUCGGCAAUGAUGUGAUACAGGAGCAAUUCGUGCAGGAAGAUGGUGUUCACAUCCUCCUUUCCAUUGUAGAGGUUUUUGCUGGGCAAUGUAUUGGUAGCCCUGCCGCAGAAACCUCUGAGUGUGGCGCUGCUGACCAGUCCCCAUUGACACCUACGCUAACGAUUCUUGCCGACCUGCUGCACAAGUGCGCGGAGGCACGGGAGGCGUUUCUGCAGUGGUGCAGCUACGCUACGGAGGAACCGCGCGACAUGGAGGAUGACGGCUGCAUAAACGCGACGCAGCUUCUACUGCGUCUUUGGAUUGAGGGGCCCGCCACGAAUAAUGAGCCGCUCGCGCACACUAUACAGGAGCCACGUCCGCAGCAGCAGCAGCAACAGGAGGCAUGUGUGGUGAAUGUCGAAGAGAAUGCGGAAAAUAGAAACAACGGUAGCGAAGUGUUGACGGCAGUGUCACAGCAGUGCAGCGCGGGCGGCAGCUUCCGCCAAACAGACAAGACGGUCGAUCUGCCGGUUCUACGCGCCGAUUGCUGGGGUCUGCAGAUACUUGGCCUGCACAGCCGCGAGAUAGUUACGGCGGAGCUGCGCAAUCGCUACCGCGAGCUUGAGUGUUGCGAUGCUGGGGUGACGAGCGAAAAGGAGGAAAACGAUUCAGCCACACAGCAGGCCCGCGAACGGCUUGCUGCUUCACUAUGUCACGUGCUCGGAUUGCGUGUGAAGAUCUAUGCCUGUCUUGCCGCAGUGGGUUUUGAUCGUCUCGUUGACGUAAAAUCAAGUGCACUUGAGCGGGUGAAGUUGCUGCACGUUGCUGCGCUUCCAUCAGUGUGCAGAGAUGAGAUCUGGAGCGCCAUUGCAGAGUGUGUCGACCUGCGCGGCCGCGCGUGCAUCGUGCCUCUCGAGAAAAACAAAGACAACAACAAUAGUGCGGGUGAUGCUGCGGAUGUCACUCAGCAGCCCGCUGUUGUGCCUAUUGUACCUGAUGCGGAUCAGCUGCUGAAGGUGCUGCUUGAUGUAGAUGCUCACACGACGGAGCUUCGGAGUCUCGCGCAGGCAUGCAUCGAUAUGCACACAGCGCACGAGGAAGAGGCGACGCGGCGUUUCUUCCUUUCGCGCCUGCGACAAGGCAGCGACGAUGCCGGUGUUAUCACACUUGUGCAGCAGGCUCGCAGCCGCAAUACUGGCGACAGGACCCCUGCUGCUCUUCCUACUCGUGCCAAUAGGGCAGUAAGUGUUGUUGAGAACGUGAUGGGUCGCGUUCGGCUCGAAGACGAGCGUACCGAUGUUUCCCCUAAUGCUGAGUCCACGUCUGCGGGUAUGAGUGGCUGGAUGUACACAGCUUCACGCAUGACCAUGCUGCAGAAAAAACGAAAGAGAGACGCCAUGAUAAAGGGCAGUCUCCGACAGCAUUAG